GUCGCAUAUCAAGACUGCAAACCGCCGCGGGGCGAUCCCAAGACCGAUAAAUUCCAAAUCAAUUCCAACCAGCGUGACGGCUCAGCCAUGUUCUGUCCUUGCCGUCCGACUCAUAUCUGUACGGAGAUGUGAGACCCCUGGUCUCUUACUCUAGACAACUAGAAUCCAACCCUUAUUAUUAGGCGUCUCAUCCUCUCCAGCCAGCAAGAACCCGGAUUGACGCAUCACGGAUUCGGACCCUUCUUUUCACUGUCGCAUCACCUCUACUAGAAAGACAUCAACAUGGCGGCGUCGACUGUCGCCUCUGCUCUUGGCAAGAUGGCCCCACGACGACCACUCUUUUUCCUUGCGCUAGUAAUCUCAGUCGUGAAUGCGCUUAGUUCUGUGCCCAAGCUUUCGGACUUUGCCAUGGACCAAUAUCUCACCCUACAACUGACCGUACCUUCAGGUUCAGGUGACGCCCCACCGGUCAGACACCCAGUUGUCCCAUUGACUGAAGCUGUUGGGAUGAACCAGUCCGCCAUAGCUCGAGAGUCUAUCAAAAUCGAGGGAACAAUGGUUCCUACUGAAGAAGGCGAUUGGCUCGAGUUUAUCGACUCCAACAGUAUUGCCUAUCUCAACUGCGACCACUCUAACUCAACCUCUUUCUUGAACCAGCUCAUGGUCAAGGCACCAAAGGCUAUUCUGCUGUUUAGCUUGACCGGGGCUGGCUGCAGACGUGACAGCACGGAUGAUUGGAACUACACCACCAUUUUUACCAUGACCAACCGAAUCGAUGCACAAGACACACUUAACCUCACGAUGUCAGGCAGUACCGCCACGAUCACUGGGGAUCAUGAGGAAACCGACGAUGAUGAGGACGAAGAACGAAGCGGACCUGGCUCACCGGUUGCCAUGAGCAUUCUCUACAGUAUUACCGGACUUAUUACUCUACUCUUCCUCGUCAUUAUCGCGACUGGAGCGAUCCGAGCCCAUCGUUAUCCGGAGCGAUACGGACCUCGGACCGGCUACGGCGGACGGCCUAGUCAAAGCAGAGCCAAGGGGCUGGCGCGUGCAGUGCUUGAAACCUUGCCUAUCGUCAAGUUUGGAGAGAACCCCCCAGCCAAACCCGAUCCCGAUCUCGAGCUCGAACAGCAACCCUCCAGGUCAUCACAGGAUCCAGCGCCAGGGGCAAAAUCGUCGGCAAUUCAAGAGGAGGUACCGUCCUCAGACAAGUCUCAAGGACCCGUGACCGUAUCAAGUGUGGACGCUUCCGAACAGGCUUCGUCGGCAACAGUCUAUGGAGCUCAAACGGGCAUGGCCAAUACAGCCGGCGACAUUGAGAAUACGAGCUCAGACGACAUUAAUCUGGGCUGUUCUAUUUGUACCGAGGAUUUCACAGUUGGUGAAGAUGUUCGAGUUCUCCCUUGCAACCACAAGUACCACCCGGCUUGCGUCGACCCUUGGUUGGUAAACGUCUCGGGAACUUGCCCCCUAUGUCGUCUCGAUCUUCGACCUCACAGCUCAAUUGAAAGCACCAACAGUCCUGCCGACAAUCAUUCAAUGUCCUCGCCGACAGCAGGCGAGAGUACCCAGCAGCCCGGCACCAGUGGAAGCGCCAGGCCAGACACCACGUCUAGAGAGCGGAGAAGGUCUUCGCGAAUUCUCGACUUGCACAGACUCCGGACUGCCUCUAUCGAAGAACGCAUCGAAAUCUUGAGAAGACACAGGUCUCAGCAGCAGCAGCGGCGGUCCACCACUGGAUCUUCAUUAACAGGCGACCUAGACAACGGCGAAUCCGCAGAUCAUCCUCACCGAGCAAGACUGACUGAGCGAUUCAGAGGCAGAUUUAGGGGAUCACGGCCUCAAAGUCAGACGCAGUCGCAACCCACAGAGGGAAACAUACCCACGUCCACACCGUAAAGCUCAGGCCUCAUGGUGUUGGGGUCAUAUUUUGAAUAAUGACGUUCUGAACAGGAUGUCCAACGCGUUGUCAUUUGGGCGAGCGCAUCGUAGCAGGUGGCAAGUUAUCGAUCACCUGUCACAAGAUGGCCUUUUUUUUUUUUUUUUCUUUUUUUUUGGGUUUAU